AUGGCCACCGUAGUAGUCGCAGGAGGCACAGGUGGUAUUGGUCGCACCAUCGUCGAAGAACUUGUUCAACAAGGCAAACAUAAGGUCCUAAUAUUGAGCCGCAAGACUUCUACAGUUCUAGGAUUGGAAUCCGUCCCUGUGCUUGAAGCCAACUAUAGUGACUCCGUCACUGUGAAGAAGAUCUUGCAAGACUAUAAUGUCGAAGUCGUCAUAUCAGCCCUUGCCCUUUUCACCGAAGACAGCGCUAAAGCACAAAUAAAGCUCAUCAAUGCCGCAAUUGAGUCCGGCACCGUGAAACGUUUCAUACCGAGCGAAUACGGAAUAAACUACUCACACCCAGAACUCAUCGACUUCCACCCUGCAGCGAAAUGGUGGCUCAAUGCCGCAGAUGCUCUACGGGCUUCGCACCUCGACUUUACGCGUAUCAUCUUCGGCUGGCUCCUAGACCACUACGGCUUCCCGCACCGCAAGAGUCACAUGAGGCCGUUCAAGUUCGCAGUUGAUUUCGAUAAUCGACGCGCAGCGCUACCAGGAGACGGCAAUACGACAGUUACAUUUCUUCAUUCAGUGGAUAUCGCAAAGUACAUCGCUGCACUGCUCGAUGAAGGGAACAAAUGGCCAGAAUUUAGCGCCUUUGCGAGUGACAAGAUGAGCUGGAAUGAGCUGGUUAAGGUUGCAGAGAAGGUGAUUGGCGAGAAGUGGGAUGUCACAUAUGAGCCGCUUGAACAGCUAGAGAGAGGAGAACCUACAUUGUUUGAGCAGCCUGAAGGAUCUUACGACCUCCCUGAAGAGGUAGUGCGGGGAAUGGUAGCUGAGUACGGUAUCAUGGCUAUCAAGGGAGUUAUGGAUGUAAGCAGAGAAGGUAUUAGGAAUAAAGAGUUUCCUCAAGUCAAGCCAGUGACUGUGGAAGGUAUCAUCAAGGAGGCUUGGGAGAGUGCAAAAUCCAUAGCUGUGGCUGCAGAGUCUCAAUCCAGUUUCAGCCUAAACGAAAUAAGUGGUGAUACGCUUACGUACAAAUAG